CUGGUUGGCAAGGAUGGAUUUUCUGCCUCCCUGCUCGACAGCACAUACGUGUCUGUUUCUUUACUUAUUUAUAAGGUGUUGGGUUACAGGCUCGUAGGGAGUGAAGUUUCCCUCUAUCCCGCACACCGACAAGAUGGGACACGCAAAGUCUGUGUGUGUGAUGACGUAACAGCUGCUGAAUCUGGUUUGGCAGGAUUUCUGAGGGAAGGGCGAGAGAGCAGAGACAGACACAGAGAGGGCUAGGAGCCGAAAAGUUUGAAACUAGUUUUUCCUUCACUGUAUUUAACUUUGCUGUUGUUGUAUAUAAAUCUUCUACGGCUGGUGUGGCGAUACCGGGUUUUGGCGUUUGAGCCGGGUUUCAGCACGAGGGUGCGCUUGUUUUUGUCACCCAGGCCGGUGCAGCAGCAGGGAUGAACUGGUCGGGACUAGAGAGUCUGCUGAGUGGAGUCAAUAAAUACUCCACAGCGUUCGGGAGGAUCUGGCUGUCCAUGGUGUUCGUGUUCCGUGUGCUGGUGUUCGUGGUGGCGGCGCAGAGGGUUUGGGGUGAUGAGAGCAAAGACUUUGUGUGUAACACUCGCCAGCCUGGCUGCACCAACAUCUGCUAUGACCACAUCUUCCCAAUCUCCCACAUCCGUCUGUGGGCGCUGCAGCUGAUUUUUGUCACCUGCCCUUCUCUGAUGGUGAUGGCUCACGUUAAAUUCCGCGAAGGCAAGGACGCCAAAUAUGUGGCGCUGCACCAGGGCUCCCACCUGUAUGCCAACCCCGGCAAGAAGAGAGGCGGGCUGUGGUGGACCUAUCUGCUGAGUUUGGUCUUCAAAGCCGGAUUCGACACAUCAUUUCUUUACAUUCUGUACCGGAUAUACCACGGAUAUGACUUGCCCAAGUUAUCCAAGUGCUCCCUGGAACCCUGCCCCAACACCGUCGACUGCUUCAUCAGUCGCCCGACAGAGAAAAAGAUCUUCAUGCUGUUCAUGGUCGUAUCCAGCGCAGUUUGCAUCUUCAUGUGUAUCUGCGAGAUGAUUUAUCUCAUCGGCAAGCGCAUCGCCAAACUGGUAAGCGUCCGCCAUGAAAACGAGAGGCUUGUGUUCGCGGAUCAGCACGAGCUCACCAACAUGGCCCCGCCAAGGUCCCAGUAUCGUAAGACUGAUCCGACGCUUGGAGACAGCCAGAUCAGUUUAAACAAGAGGGAGAAGGUCAAAGAAUUUAGCAUAAGCACGACCUUAUAGCACUCAGAGGCCACCAAACGCAGGUUGUUUGAAUGGAUGGUCACGCAACAUGAACACAAGUUACUUGAUUAAAAUGAACCAAAGGACUAAUAAAAGGAGCGAUCCCUUGUAUCGGGAUCCUGCGACACACCUGAACAUGAAACUUUCAUGACUCUCUGUUGGAGGAAUCUUCAGCGCUGGCCAGCUGUAUGUUGCAGAGCAUUAUUAAAGAGGGGUUUAAGUAUAGUAUUGCUGUGUUUGGAUAUCACACAUCUAGCUUUACUGUAGGUCUGAUCACAUUAUGGCCCACUAUCCAAGGAGAAAUGUCCUGGAGCCGGUGGGACAGCGCUAACGGGAUCCGAUGUUGUGCGUGAUGGCACUGUCCGGAGAUUAACGAUCAUCAGUCAUCAACAAUAAGCCAUCUUAAACAAAUGUAACGCAUUUUUGUAAGUAAUGUAAAUUGGUGCACUUAUUAUCUUCAACACUCUUAAUAGCUUUCUUAACUGUGUGACGUAGACACAGAUGGUGCUCUCUGCUUUUAUCUUUCUCCUAGUGACAGGACCAAAAUGCUGCUUGCUAUGUGCUGAGCAGCUGCCUCACAGGACGUGUUUUCCAUCAAUGUUUAACUCUUCAUCACUGAGCUGAUCAAACAGGAUCUUCUAUAUCUUCUUCUAUAGCUUCUAAUUUCCUGCUAAGGGGGCUCAAUAGACUAUAUUAAUGCAGUGGCCAUUGUCCAUUGCCAUAUCACUCAGGGUGGGAAGCUCAGAUGUCAUAGCGCACUGCUGUGUUCAAGGUUGAAAGUCCUAUCAAUGUUGAGAAUCUGACAAAUUGUUAACUUUUCCCUGCCCUCUCAUUGCUAUGCAAAUGAAAGGAUGAUAGUUGGAGAAAAUCUGGAGGGACAUAGCACCAUAUUUCAAAGUAAAACAGCAUAUUUAGUGAAUAACAUUAGCUUCUGUUAGACAACAGCUAAUAGUAGCAUUCAACCACUACCUAGCUAACAUGUUUAAUAGUGCUAUACAAUAAAAUAGUAAAGGUGUAAAAUAAUACUUAAAUAUCAUCGCACAUCUUUGACACACUUAUUUAAUCCUGGAAACAGCACACACUGGAUGUAAAGGUAACGCCAAUGACGAAGUGUGGUUGAAUGCUAAUGUUAGCAAAUGGGUAUCAAAUAUGCUAUUCUACUACGAAUCCCUCCAGAUGUUCACUAGCCAUUGUCUGUUCAGUUUUGUAGUUUCCCUACAGUUAUAUGACUUGCAACCUAAAACACAGGAACAUUACACUAUUCAAGCACCCCAGUCUGAGCUUGAUGUCAGAGAAAAAUGGACACUGUGUGAAUACUGUCUAUUAUGUGAAGGGAGAGAACCUGAAGCUGCUGUGUUGCUGUACAGGCUGGGUUAGAUCCAGAGACACAGGGCAGGCUACUUUAGCUUUGACUACGAGUCAACUGGCAUGUUAUCAUGUCGUCCAAUAGUUUUUUUUAAGACUUGUUUUUUAUUGACCCUUAUAGUGCUAUAUUUAAUUGCUUGUCAAAUAAAAAAUGCUGAUCAAACUGUCUUGUCUGUUGUUAUUUCUAG